AUGUCUCUCCGUUCCUUCCAACGCUCCGCUUUGAAGAGAGCUUUGCAAACCAGAACCUAUGCUUCUGAGCCAACUUUGAAGGCUCGUUUCGCUGAGCUUUUGCCUGAGAAGGUUGAAGAGGUCAAGCAAUUGAAAAAAGAGCACGGCAAAACCGUUAUUGGUGAAGUCCUCUUGGAGCAGGCAUACGGUGGUAUGCGUGGUAUCAAGGGUCUUGUCUGGGAGGGCUCUGUUUUGGACCCAAUUGAGGGUAUCCGUUUCAGAGGUAGAACCAUCCCUGACAUCCAGAAGGAGUUGCCAAAGGGUCCAGGUGGAUCCGAGCCUUUGCCUGAGGCUUUGUUCUGGUUGUUGUUGACCGGUGAGGUUCCAACCGACGCCCAGACCAAGGCCCUCUCUGAGGAGUUGGCUGCUAGAUCCGCUUUGCCAAAGCACGUCGAGGAGUUGAUCGACAGAUCUCCUUCCCACUUGCACCCAAUGGCCCAGUUCUCCAUUGCCGUCACUGCUUUGGAGUCUGAGUCUCAGUUCGCUAAGGCUUACGCCAAGGGUGUUCCAAAGUCCGAGUACUGGAAGUACACCUACGAAGACUCUAUCGAGUUGUUGGCUAAGUUGCCAAACAUCGCCGCCAGAAUUUACAGAAACGUCUUCCACGACGGUAAGUUGGCCGGUGAGGUUUCCAAGGACUUGGACUACGGUGCCAACUUGUCCAACUUGCUCGGUUUCGGUAACAACGCUGAAUUCGUUGAGUUGAUGAGAUUGUACUUGACCAUCCACUCUGACCACGAGGGUGGUAACGUCUCUGCUCACACCACCCACUUGGUUGGUUCCGCUUUGUCUUCCCCAUUCUUGUCUCUCUCCGCCGGUUUGUCCGGUUUGGCUGGUCCUUUGCACGGCAGAGCCAACCAGGAGGUCUUGGAGUGGUUGUUCAAGUUGAAGGCUGACUUGAAGGGUGACAUCUCUAAGGAGGCUAUUGAGAAGUACUUGUGGGACACCCUUAACUCUGGCAGAGUUGUUCCAGGUUACGGUCACGCUGUCUUGAGAAAGACCGACCCUCGUUACACUGCCCAGAGAGAGUUUGCCUUGAAGCACAUGCCAGACUACGACUUGUUCAAGUUGGUGUCUAACAUCUACGAGGUUGCUCCAGGUGUCUUGACCAAGCACGGUAAGACCAAGAACCCAUGGCCAAAUGUGGACUCUCACUCCGGUGUCUUGUUGCAGUACUACGGUUUGACUGAGGAGUCCUUCUACACUGUCUUGUUCGGUGUCUCCAGAGCCUUCGGUGUCUUGCCUCAGUUGAUCAUCGACCGUGGUCUUGGUGCCCCAAUUGAAAGACCAAAGUCCUUCUCCACCGAAAAGUACAUCGAAAUUCCCAAAGGUACAGAACGAGAUGAUCUUCUAAAAGAGUGUGGGAAGAAGCUCUACAUCAGACAAUUCGAUAGAUCCAAAACUUCAUCAGAAUUCACACUUCAUGAUGGCCCACCGUAUGCCAACGGAGACUUGCAUCUUGGUCACGCCCUCAACAAGAUCCUCAAAGAUAUCAUAAAUCGUUUUGAGUUGAUUAACAAAGGAAAGAGGAUUAAUUACAGACCCGGAUGGGACUGCCAUGGUCUACCGAUUGAGAUGAAGGCAGUGAAGGGUCUGAACAAUCUCUCGCCUGUGGAGAUUCGUAAGCUUUGCAGAGAACUAGCCGACAGCAUGAUAGAGAAACAGCGGGAGCAGUUUCGUGAUUUUGCAAUUAUGGCCAACUUUGACGAGCCUUAUGUUACAAUGACGCAUGACUACGAGACGGCACAACUUAAAAUUUUCCUUCGUUUGUUCGAAAAUGGACUCUUGUCGAGACAGCUCAAGCCGGUUUGGUGGGGCUGUGAAACACAAACUGCCUUGGCAGAAGCAGAGUUGGAAUAUAACCCAGAGCACAAGUCUGUGGCUGUCUUCGUCAAAUAUCCGUUGGAGAAGACUGACAUCUUUCCAGGAUACGAAAAGGUCAGCCUUUUGAUUUGGACAUCUACUCCAUGGACCCUUCCCGCCAACAAAGCUAUAUGUGUGCACAAGGACAUUGAGUAUACUUUGAUCAAAAACACUGAAAGUGGUGAAGGUAUUGUUGUGGCCAAAGAGUUGGCAGAGUCUGUGCUCAAGUAUGAUGAGAAAUACCAGCUCGAUAGUCUGAUUUCUGUUCGUGGUUCUGAAUUGGAGGGCUUGAGAUAUAUCAGUCCUUCCAACGAGUCGCAGGAGCUGUUUCCAAUUCUUCAUGGUGACCAUGUUUCCGCUAGCGCCGGUACCGGUUUGGUCCACACGGCUCCUGCUCAUGGUAUGGAGGAUUACCUUGUUGGUAGGAAACAUUCACUCAAGGUUUCAUCAUCUGUGGACGAGAAGGGCCAUUACAUCUCAGAAAACAUUCCUCAAGGAUAUCAAGAGCUUGCAGGCAAGUAUGCCAACGGUAAGCCUUCCAUCUUCAAAGUGAUUCAACACCUCGAGAAUCACGACAUGCUUUUCCACUUGAACAAGCUGUACAAACACUCGUACCCAUACGACUGGAGAUCGAAGACACCAGUAGUUCAAAGAGCUACCCCACAAUGGUUUGUCAAUGUCGAGAAGAUAAAAGAAGCUGCUGCCAGCCUGUUGGACAAUGUGGAAUUUGUUCCACCUCUGGGUGUCAACAGACUCAAGGCUUUUAUUCAAAACAGGAGUGAGUGGUGCAUCUCUAGACAGAGGGCAUGGGGUGCUCCUUUGCCGAUUGUGUACCACAAGGAGACGAAAGAGCCCAUUGAAGAUCCCGAGGUCAUUCGCUACACUGUUGAUAGAAUCACAGAAUACGGAACCGAUGCCUGGUUUGAGGAUGAGAGCGAUGUCUCUCGUUGGUUGCCCUCUAACAUCGACGGCUCCAACUACUUCAAGGGCAAGGAUACUAUGGAUGUUUGGUUCGAUUCCGGUACAUCUUGGUCAACGCUUUCAUCUGACCUUGAAGCCUCAUGUGUCUCUGAUAAGCCUCUCGCUGAUAUCUACUUGGAGGGCAGUGACCAACACAGAGGCUGGUUUCAACUGUCUCUUCUCAACAAAAUCAUUGCAUCUACCAGAGACGGGAGGAACUUCAAGCCCGUGGCACCAUAUAAAAAAAUCAUCACGCACGGCUUCCUUCUUGACAAAAAGAACAAGAAAAUGUCCAAGUCUUUGGGAAAUGUCAUUGUCCCAACGCAGGUAAUUGACGGCGGUGGAAAACCAUUAGUGCCUGCAUUGGGCACGGACGGUCUCCGUCUCUGGGUGGCUUCUUCGACAUACACCUCCGACGUCAAUGUCAGUGUGGAGGUUUUCCAAAGAUUGUUGGAAAGUGUUAAGAAGAGCAGGGUCACUUUCAAGUACUUGCUUGGAAACCUCCACGACUUUGGGUCCUCUGACCGCAUUGAACACGCAAAGCUAAACAAAUUGGACCAAUGGGUGCUCUCUCGCUUGUACAAUGUCCAAGAAAAGGUUGUGGCACACUACGAGACCCACAAUUUUGCUGGCGUUGUUAGAGAACUCAAUUCCCACAUCAGUGAACUUAGUGCUUACUACUUUGAUAUUUCUAAGGACUGCCUUUACACGGACAAGAAGGACUCGCACAGAAGAAGAAGCAUACAGACCGUGUUGGAGCAGAUUCUCAAAACGUACAUUGGUCUUUGGGCGCCUAUUCAGCCAUUGAUUGCCCAGGAGGCAUGGCAACUCUACGCCCAGCAAAUGGCAAUCUCGGAACAAUCACCUUUCAUGAUGCCAUGGGAUUUCUUUGCUAUUGAUAGCGCCGCUCUGAAUCUGACUGUCGAGGGUGAGAUCAACCAGUUGUGGAAAAUCAGAGACGUUUUGUACAAGGAGUUGGAGCAAUUGAGAAAGGACGGUCACUACAAGAACAAAUUGGAGGUUGAGAUAUUUUUACAGCCUCAGGGUGCUCAGGCCACCUCGCUUUUGCAUAACCAUGCUCAAUUCCUAGAUGACUACUUUCUUGUUUCUAGAGCCACGGUGGGUCCCUCGACUGAGGCCACCGCGGGUCCAGCUCGGGAAGUCUCAGUAGACGAUUUCUGCGACGGAAGUGUCAAUUUGCUCAUUCAGCAGUCUUCAUCCAGCAAAUGCCCUCGUUGUUGGAAGUACAUUGCCGAGUCCGAAGAGCACCUUUGCCAAAAAUGUUCCGAAGUUGUUGGUUGA